AUGCUCGUUUACUUUUGUCGUCACGGUCAAACCGAGUAUAACGCCCAGGGGAUCAUCCAGGGCAACAUCGAUGUCCACUUAAACGAGCAGGGUCAGAUGGAGGCGGCACUGCUCGCGGACGCGCUCCAGACAAUCCCGUUCACCGAGGCACGGAGUUCGCAUCUGACGCGCGCGUUUGAGACCGCCCAGGCUGUCGUCAACAAGCACCCGGGCCUCAAGCUCGUCGCGGACCCAGGAUUGCGCGAACGUCAACUCGGCUCGCUCGAGGGCAAGCGCUGGACGCCCAAGGACGGCAUCCCCGCCGACGCGGAACAGAGUGGAGUCUUCCGGGCCCGUGUCAAAGAGUGGGCGGAGGGCUUCUUCGCCGAACACGCAUCUGCAUCGACUGAUCCUUCCGAACCUGAACCAACCGUGUUGAUCGUGAGCCACGGAGCAUAUCUCUCCGCGCUGCUCGGUGCUCUUCUCUCCCCUCCCCUCUCCUUCUCUGUGGCCAGGGGCGUGGACACGCACAAGCCAUGCCUCAACACGAGCGUGAUGCGCGUGCGUGCAAACUUUGAUGGCAAAAAGUGGCGCGGGGAGAUUCAAAGCUGGGCAAACGUCGAUCACAUGGGAGGACGGGAGCAGCGUUUGGGCGUGAGCGACGACCUUCGGGCGCAAUUCCGCAAGGCUAUGGGUAUGGGUGCGAGCGCAAACACCAAUGCUGGUGAAGGCGCAGAGGAGAAGGCGACGGAGGACGAGGCGCAUCAUGUACAGGUCAAGGCGUAG